GUGAAUAUUGGCUUGGAACUCUCCUGGAGAACCGAAGGCAAAAACACAGACAUUUGCGCCAUGUUGGAGCAUUGUUUCCUGGCAGCUUACACCGUGGAGCUCAUCAUGCGUCUACUGGAAGACUGCCAUUCGGUGUUCCGCGAUCCGUGGCUUCGCUUCGAUUGUUUCCUGGUGUUUUUAGGCAUCGUGAGUCAGUGGAUCCUCCCUCUCGUCCAUAACGUGCCGGAGGUCCACACGCUGUUGAUGUUGAGAUGUGCUCGACUGCUGCGGCUGGCAAAAACGGUGAGGUUCCUGAUGAGAUUUCGGGAGCUUUGGAUGCUGGUGCAAGGUUUGGCGCAUUCGGCCUCAACCAUGGUGUAUACUAUUCUUCUCCUCUUCGUGGUCUUGUACAUCUUUGCUUGCCUGAUUCUUCAGCUGCUGUACCAGCAUCCCUUGUUGGAACAAGACGAGGUCUUUGCUGAGACCGUGCAUGAGAAUUUCGGUGAUUUGUCAAAGACCAUGAUCACAUUGCUGCAGUUUGUAUCCUUCGAUAACAUAGUGCAUGUCUACAAACCUCUGGGAGAUCGGGAUCCUCUGUUGCUGGCCUACUUUGUCAUAGUAAUUCUAGUUGUUGGCAUCGUCAUCAUGAACCUGGUCACAGCGGUGAUCGUGAAUUCCAGCUUGGAACAAGCGGCCAAAGACAAAAGCCUCUUGCGUUCCAUAGAAGAGCAGAAUCGGAAAAAGGUGUUGGCUGAGCUGCGGGAGAUGUUCUAUCGCCUGGACCACGAUGGCUCCGGCGAGGUCUCGCGCCAGGAGAUUGCUCAGAUCGCAGAAAGAGAAAGACAUAUGCUUCGCGACCUCACCGGCUUUGACGAUCCUGUGGAGCUCUUUGAUGCGCUGGAUUCCAAUGAGAAGGGCGAAGUCGGCAUCGAGGAGUUCUGUGCCGGCCUUGGGGAAAUCGCCGUGUCCGAUAGCCCGCUGGAGCUCAAACGCAUGCAGAUGCAAGUGGAUCACAUCAAGCACCACUUGGCGCGCUACAUGAACGAAACGGAGGAGAUCAAGUUGACCCUCUUCGACUUGGUCCGCAUGACGCAGAGACUGGAGUCAGGCUUCAACUCGAUGAAUUCAUCGCUCAACCCGUCCAUGUUCGUCGGACAUGAUGAAGUCAUGGUGGUGCGUCGCAUAUCCAGCGACGCUGCGCGAUCUCGGCCGUCGUUGAGCCCUCCGCCUGAAGGAGAGAUUUCGGUGCCGUCUCCGCGCCGAAGAUCGAGCACAUCCAAGGCGGCAGAAGUUGCGAGACGCCUCAAUCCAUGCCAGAAAGGAGGAGGCAGCCUUGAAAAAGAGGAACCCGAAGUUCCAAUCUGGGCGCAGAGGCUGACCCAUGAAGUCCAGGAGCUCCGUCAUAUUACGGAGAGUGUGGUGGUGUCAUCCUUGGGGGAACUGCUGCCGCAAACGUCUCCAGAGGUGAGAACGAGGAGAUUGUCGCAGAGCGCUCGGAAACCUGCCCUGGUUCCAGAGGAUGAUGACCUCAUAGAGGAUGCGGAGUCGAUCACCUCUUCCCCAGUGGCCAUUCCUAGACCUCGUGAGGGUCUAGGUCCAGAGACUGUCGACCCUGCAAGAUCUGGGUUGGAAGGCUGCACCAGCGGCUGUCAACUUGGGAUGGUGCCGCUGCUGGAGGUGCCGGACAUUGGAGCGCUGAGAGAAGCACAGGGCCAAAGAGUCGUCGUAGCAACGUGACAGAGUCAGGGUGACCUCAAGGGUGCCUUGAUUGGCUGUCAAGGUUCCUCGAAGAAAAGGCUUUGGCUCAGAGUGGGUUGUGCCAGCGGGGGACAAUGAUGGACCUGCUAAGAUACGC